AUGGAAGAGAUUGUGAAUCUAUUAAGUCUUAGCACAAGCAUCAACCCUGUUGAUGUAAAGAUGGCUGAGAAUUCUUUAAACAUAAAAGAGGGAAUGCCUGGCUUUGUUGAGACUCUGUUCAUGAUUGUUACUAAAACUGAUAUUGAAUUACAUAUUCGACAGGUUGGCUGUAUUUAUAUGAAGAAUUUGGUGAAGCGAAAAUGGGAUAUUGAUUGGGAACAUGGUGGAAUGAACAAGCAUGACAGAGAUAUCAUUAAAAGCAAUAUUGUGAAUGUUUAUAUGAGUACACCGAAAAUAAUUCAGUCUCAGAUUGGUGAAAUGCUCCUUUAUAUAUCAAUUAGAGACUUUCCAGUAUAUUGGAAUGAUCUCUUGGUUAAUAUAGUCAAGUUCUUACCUGGUGAACAAACGGACCUGCUUUCUAAUGGUGGGAUGUUUCUACAAGGCGAUUUGAAUACUAUGAUUUCCAAACUACAGCAGUAUGAACAUACUUUAUCUAUGAUAAAGUUAAUAUUGGACAAGUACAGAUAUGCUGAAUCCUCAAACAAAGUCCUACUUGAGUUGAAGGAUAUUCUAGGUGUGGUUUGCGAGCCUAUGUACAAAAUGUUUGUUUACUCUUCUCAAUGUCUUUUGAGGCAUCUGCCGGCGAUUCAGGAUACUACAAGCAGACAAUUGAUUAUGAAUAUUUGUCUACUUAGUUGUCAGCUCUUUUAUAUUCUACAUUGCUGCGAUAUUCCAGAAUUCUUCGAGGACAGAAUUGGGCCAUUUAUGGAGUCCUUCCAAGCAAUUUUAGAAUUAGAGACUAUUCCUGGGUUGGUGGAUUCAGAAAAUCAGCUCGUUACUUGCCUUAAUAUCAAGAGUCAGAUAUUUGAAAAUUUGAGAAUAUAUUCUGAUAGAUAUCAAGAACCAUUUGAUGUUUAUGCUAGAAAAUCACUUUCAACUGUGGCUAUUCUGCUUACAAAGAUGGUUUCUCAAAACAAAAAUGGACUGGAUGCAAAUCCUGAGUUAUCUAGCUCCAUAUCUUCUUUGAUUGAUGAAGGACUAAGACUGAUUGGUUCUCUGGCUGCUACACAGUGGUCUGAUAAUGCCUUUUUGGACUCUGGUGUUUUGGACCACCUUGUUGAGAAGAUACUCAUACCUUGCACGUUUUUGGAUAUUAAUGAUCUGAACAUUAUUGAAGAAACUCCAAAGGACUUUGUAUAUAAGUAUCUUUGGGAUAUAAAUGAUGUAUGUGACUCAACUUCUAAACGAUCUGCUGCUUUGGAAUGCAUCAAGAAUUUGGGGAAGUUCUACUACACAAAGCUGAGUGAACUAUUAAGUAAUUUGAUCAUCAGUCUCUUGAAUAGCAUUUCAAAUGAUGCACACGGGAAUUCAUCCAUCUUUGAAUGGGAGGAGUUUAAUGAGAAGAGUGGUAAUUAUUAUAAAUAUCAGAUUACCAAUUCUGAGGUAACUAGAGAGGCCUCCGUUUUUUUGUUCAUUUGUCUAUCAGUGAGAUCUUUUUCAAAAAUUGGAGGAGUUACACAUUUGGAGCAUGGCAUAGACAUAGUCGGAUUCUACGAUAACUAUAUUAAGUCAUUCACGAACUCUCCCUUAAUGCGUUGCUGUGCUUUAAAGUACUUAAUCGUUUUUAAGAGUCAUUUCAAUAAUAAAUCUUCUUUGGAUAUUCUCCAGCAGUCCUACAAUUGGCUUUCCACCCAAACUUCCAGUAUUGAGGAAAUGAUGAUUUUGUUGGCUUUUGAAAGGAUAUUAACCCAAAAAGCAAUUUCAUCUUCUGUUAACUCUUCAACUCAGGAUAGUGGUAAUGGAACGGGGACAGCUCCCAGUCUUCGCACAUCUAAUGUGCAAAAUUCAGGAGGAGCUCUAUUGAAUGCGCAAUCAGGCUUGGGUAGUCAAGAGUGCGUAUUUAAGCUUCCUCCAACCGAAACAUACAAUUUAUGCUUCCAAAUGGUUGCGAAUAUCCUACAUCCGUUGCUUAAAAAAGCUUGCCAGGGAGGAGAAAAGAGAACUUAUUUGACUGAGAGUGAGUUCAUUCCAAGGUGUAUGAUGCGACUUUUGACGUACUUGGGAAAGCUUGGAUCUGAAAUGAUUAAUACCCUGACUCCGACCGUAGUGGACUGCACAAAACUUGCAGUGGAGAAUCCAAAGAACCCGUCAUUCAACCACUAUUUGUUUGAGCUUCUCGGAGUCUGCAUUCGAAAUUCAUCAGAUUGCGAGAAACUUGAUAGUUUUGUCUUACCUAUACUGAUUGGGAUCUUAGAGAAGAAUCUGACUGACUUCAUUCCCUACUCUUUGCAGUUACUGGCUCUUAGACUGGACAACUUAACUAGUCAGAACGAAUUAUAUAAUAAGCUUUUUAUCCAUCUUAUUGAUCCAAAGAUCUGGCAUGGACCUGUAUCAGUAGUUCCAGGGAUCGUCAGACUCUGCAGCUCUUUCUUCAGGAGACAUUCAUUAUUUGAGGCUACAAUCUCCAGUCAUGUUAAACAGGUAUUUGAACGCUUUCAGUUUUGUUUGAGCCACAGAAGAUUCCAAUCAACUCUAUCUUUUGAGUUCCUUCGUGAUAUUGUUCGCUUUCUUCCGUUCAAAUGGUACUCUCAGUACUUAACCGCACUAGCAAAUUUGCUUCUAACCAAGUCACAGGAGUGGAAUCGGAUUGGUGAUCACCAAACAAUAAUUCAAGUCGUUGGAGCUUUUUCAGUGAUCGUAAUUAAAAAACCAUUUGGAGAGAUGCCGGAAGCUUCCCUUCUUAAUGUGUUGGAUACACUUCAGAGUGGUCUUUCGCUCAUUUUCUUCAGCAAGGUCGUCUUCCCAAACCUGCUAAAGGCCACGUUAUCUCCUCCUCUCAGAUACACUAUUUUUAUUGCUCUAUUAAAACUUGUUUCCGAACUAACUUUUGAUCAGAAUAAACGCAGUGAAUUUAUCCUUGAAGCCUUUAAAUCAGUUUAUCUCCUUUUUAACGCAAUAAAGCUCUCUGAUGAUCCAAACUUUCAGAGAAGAAACUCAGUGUCUGAUCCUAGUGGCACUUCUGAUGGCUCUGCUCUAAACAACGACUGCCUUUCUAUCAUCCCUGAUCCCAGCAUUGACACACAAAACCCUAUUCAAGAUGAGUUUGAAAUAAACUAUCACAAACUUUUAACGGCUUCUUGCCACUCCUCCAAUAAUCCCUAUCCCAAUCAAAAAGAAAUUUUACAAAUUCUUACAAUCAGUGGACCUGGUACCGGCGUUGGCGCCAACAAUAUGCAUGCAUGCAAUUUCGUUGAAUGUAUAAGAAAUUCAGAGCACUUAAAAUUGAUGAAGAUAACUUUUCAGCCAUAUUUAAGUGAUAUAUCUAAUCACUUUAUUGGCGAUCAGAACAUUCAGAAUUUCAUUCAUUCUCUUAAGUAA